UUGGCCCAAGGUUACUUUACCAUUUAACGAAGGUAUUAAAGUUGUAAUGAUUUAUAUACGGAACGAGCUUGACAGUACGAAAGACUUGAGCAGACGGAAGCGCAAAAACCCAAGGAAUACGUCCACAACGUCAGGCUCCCAUGGGGAAUGGAGUCGCAACUAAUUUCACAGUUUAUGUCAAACACAAGCAGCGAUACAGAAACAGCAAUAACCUGCUUGCAAGCCAGUGGCUGGGAUUUGAAAAAUGCUAUUGAGCUCUUUCUGGAAAAUGGGGGCAGUGUUAGAACUACUUGGGAAGAAAAUGGCAACAUCCGACCAACACUCCGCAAAACUCCUGCUGUUGAUUUAGCUGACUUGAAGAAACUUUCAAGAGGAAUCUCAAGAGCAACGGACAAUGUGAAGUUGGUCUCGCGUGCCCGCUCAGAUAUUGCUCACGAGUUUGGAGAUACUGCAGUUUGCAACGUUAAUCAGUUUUUCAUCGAGACACCUGUAUGCACUUUCACUUUGCCGGAUUUGACAGUGUAUCCUGAAGAUUUCCGUACAUUUUUGGAAAAGGAUCUGAUUGAAACAUCAACCCUACAGUCUUUGGAAUCUGCUGGUAGACUUAAUUGGUGGGUUGAGCUUGGAGCAUGUCAGUCUCUGUGGCCACUUGCUACGUCUGGAGAUGGAAAUUGUUUGUUGCAUGCUGCAUCACUUGGAAUGUGGGGCUUCCACGAUAGACUGCUGACUCUGCGACGUGCUCUUCAUGGUUUCUUAUCGGGUUCUCCAUGCCGUGAAGCUUUGUAUCGACGCUGGCGAUGGCAACAGACACGUGCUAAUCUAGCUGCGGGUCUUGUAUAUACUGAGGAGGAAUGGCAACGUGAAUGGGACAGCAUAAUCAGCAUGGCUUCAACUCAGCCACGGAAGUCAAUGAAUCGCAGACGCAGUUCCAUUCUUAUGGAGCGUUCCCUGGAGGAGAUACCAGAAAAUGCAACGUAUGAGAGCCUUGAAGAAGUUCACGUACUUGCAUUAGCACACGUGCUGCGGAGACCUAUAGUUGUCAUUGCAGAUGUGAUGCUCAAGGAUAUGAAUGGAGAGGAUCUUGCCCCAAUACCAUUUGGAGGGGUCUACCUACCGCUGGAGUGCCCUCCAGCAGAUUGCCAUCGUUCCCCUCUCGUACUGGCAUAUGACUCUGCUCAUUUUUCAGCUCUAGUUGUGAUGGAACGAAAUUCAGACGUCGUUCAACCACCAGCUGCUGUGCCUCUGAUAAGUUCUGACAGACAGCUUCUUCCUAUACAAUUUGCUGUGGAUCCUGGUGAGCAGCUGGUAUGGGGUCGUGAUGAGUCCCAACCCCAUUUGGUACGAAAACUCAGUCUUGCUCCAAGAGACCAACUCGGUCUUUUGGCAGAAUAUUUGGAUGUGAGAGAACUUCCUCCAGGUCCUGAUUCACCACCAGAAUCCACCGAUGAUGGCUGCGACAUUGAGAAAAGGUUUUCUGAGAUGGCUUCUGACAGUGAUCCCAGUGAUGAAGGUGUGGCCUUUGGAGGGAAAGCAGCGAGGCAGUUCCAGACAGCAGUAGCAAAACAGUUUGGCAGCCUUAGCCGUCGAUUGAGAAAGAACUUUGGAUCACUUACGAGAGCAUCUAAAGUCAAUGCCCAAAAGAAAGACACCCCACUUAAUAAUCAGCAACAGGAGCGUGUAAUAUGUGCCCUUUUGCACACAGAAAAGAGGCAUGCUUACCAAGCAGAAAUGAUACGCAACUACUUGGCUUGUGCUCGUGCCCGAUUUGAGCUCCAGCAACAGAAGCAGUUACAACCUCGGCAGUCUUUUCAGUCUGAGGCUCAUCCUGGUUCUACGGCAGCUACUUUCACUUCUGCACCAAAUACAGGAGUAAUGUAUGGGGCUGGACGCUCCCGCUUCUAUGCAACUGAAAUGAUGCGUCCCUCAGUUGAGACUCUUCCUCAUCAAAAGGCACCUGGUGCUUGUGCGAAUGGACGUACUCUGUUCCUUGCCAAAUCGACAUUUUAUGAUGAUGAUGAGGCAUCACAUUCUUAUGUUGCACCAUCGGAAAUAGUCAGUGGGAGACACACACAUGUGGCAACACUGACUUCUCCACAACUUUCGAAAGCCGGCCACGGAGUGGAACUGCCGCAUGUUGAAAAAGCUGGCACUCCAUGUAGAAAUAAUCACUGCCAUUUCUAUGGCUCGCCAGACUCUGACCACUAUUGCUCACGAUGCUAUCGUGAGAACACAGUAACUGGUGUGAAUACAGCAGCAGUGCGCAGUCUGCAAGUACAGGAAGUCAAUCGAUAGUGCACCAUACUCACUUUUCUGUUCCUUUGCAUCCCUAAAAGGGACUAAAACUAUGUGUAGCUGUACUGUAAAUAAUGUUAAUGAGCUUUAAUGAUGGUCAGUAUUCCCUGAGAAACUGCUGCAUACCAUUUCGUAGAUAGCAUAUUUUUAAACAUCUAUUUUCAUAUCAUCAGAACUGUAGGCAUUUAGCAUUACAUUUGCACUUGCAUAACUUUGAUUGUAGUCAAAGUUGUGUGCCAGAAGUUAUGUAAGAUUAAUACAUAGUUGUUGUCAGUGACAGAUAUGGAGCCUGUCCAUGUUACUGAAGCACCUGCAGGUUUCAAAUGAGUACUGCAAUCUUGUGAUUGGUGUGUUUAUUCAAGCAUCCUCUCAGAAACCAAUUUUUGUUAUGAUGUUGACCGUAACAUCGCUUUGUAAUGGCCUUAGACAGAUUUAUACUGGUAUCAUGUGCUAUACACAAUUUGAUACUGUAUAUUGAAAGUGAAUAUGAAAGUAUUUGUGUGUUCAGAUAAUUUUCAUUUCGUGUAUCCGUUGUAUAUAAAAGUAACAUGUCUUGGUACUCUGAGUCAUAAUGGGUAACUUCCUAAUCAACUUUUACAGUGCAGUUAUUUAGUAUCUCUCUUUUGUUUAAUGAGUUUGUGUGAAGUUGCAACUGUAAUACACUUCUUUGUAACUUAUAGCAGAUGGAAAAACUGUGCAGUGUUGUGCACCCACAUGAUUUACAUAUUCAUUAUGGUUGUUGGAAGAAUUGUCCAUCACUGGGCAAAUAUAAUAUGGAUCAAAGGUAGUGUGGCAAGUUUAGAGGCCCAGAAAGUACUUCAAAGCUAUUUUUAAAAAGAAACUAUUUAAAAAAAGCUUGUCUCUUGAUUAACCCUUAAGGCAUCUACCUACCUUAUAGCAACUUAACAGGGUAUUGUUAUGCUCUUUAACCUGAAAUAUAUUUUAAGAAGACAUGUGCCUGGAGAGCUUCUUAUUGUGAUAAAAUAGGUUAUUUUGAAUAUCCAUAUACACAGUUUUGUUCCUUUUAAAUCUUGUUUGAAUAUUAGAACAUUAGGAUAAAUGUUAGCAUUUGUACCUGAGUGGUGUUUACACCUGCCACAUGUCAGGUGAUAUAAAUUUUUCUUGUUUUUAUUGUAAAGGACCAUUCAGUCCUUUGUGCUGUUCCAAGCAAGGAAAAUUUGAAUGUUUUAGUCACUUAGUCCUAAUUUUUAUUAUAAAUUUUCAUUCACUGGUAGUAUCAGGCUUUUAAAUGUUGAUUAUAAAGCUUGAUUUUGUGUUGUUGAACUUCUUAGUUAUUCUGAAUAGUAAAGAAAUAUGCAGUAAGUGGCAAUCAUACUGCUUUUGUUAUCUAAGUAGUGAAGAACAUUAGAUUAGCAUUAGUACAAUGUCAGAUGCUCUGGGUAUUUUUACAAGUGUUUUAAUACUUUUCUACUUAAUGUUUAGCUGUAAAAAAUUUUUUGAUUUUAUAUUUGUAAUGUAUGUAAUGAAACAUGUGAAUUUAAUCUGUGAUAAGACAAUGAGCAUUACACAAUAAGCUUUUAAAAUGUUGCAUGUAAUUAAGUAUUAAUAGGAACCUCAACCUGAGGGUAUUGUCCUUGCCAUUGGACAUUUGCUUGAAAAUGAACCAAUCUGUUUUGUAUUGUGUAACUGUCUUCCAGUUUUAAAUAUUGAAAACAAUUUGUUGUGUUUUA